GAGAAAAGGUGAAAUUUACUUUAUUUUUGCAUUGUUUUGGAUGUUCAUGUUUCUACUGGAAUUUGUGGAGAGAAGGGGAAGAAUCAUCGGUGUUUCUGUUUUUUUUUUCUCUCUCCUCGAAUGACAUUUUCAGGUUCAAAAAUUGCAAAUACUUGGUCAGAUUCGAGUUGGAUCCUUCCGAUGGGUCAGUUUACUGAUAUGUAAAAACCAGAAAGUAACCAAUUAUCUAUUGUGUUUCAAAAAAAAACCAAUUAUCUAUUGUAUUUACUUUCUAUUGUAUUUGAUGUGGGUUUGGAUAUUUUAAACCUAAAUAACCAAACUAUGAUUUGAUUCAGAUAUUUUAUAUUUCAAACUAUCUAAAAAUAAUUAAAAUAUAUAUUAAAUAUGGUCGAAAUCGUCAAAAUAAUCAUAGAUACGACUUGAUUAGAGCACUUUAUAUCCGAGCUAUCCAAUUUUUUUUAUAAAAAAAAGUUAAAAUAUUUAUUUUUUAUUUUUUAUUUUAAGUAUUAUAAUUAAUAUAUAUAUAUAUAUACUUAUUUACUUUUCAGUGCGGAUUAGGUUUGACAUCAUUUUUGAAUAUAAUGAUAUAGGAUUCAUUCCAAUAUUUAGAUUUGAUUCAACUAGGCUUGAAAUUCUAAUUUUCGGAUUAAUUCUGAAACGAUUUUUCGGAUGUAAAUAUAUGUUUAACCUACUUUAUUCUUUCUUUUAAUUAUUUUUUAUUUACUUUAUGUAUUUCUUGGCUGGCAUUCUCGAACUGUGAUGCAAGUUUAUACAUUUCUCCACGGCUUCUUUGUUAAUUAGCAAAUAAUUAAAAUGUGAGGACAGAAGAUUAGUUAAGUUAAACCUGUAAUCGAAUUGGAUUAGUCCCUGAAGAAGUAUAGCUUAAGAAACCAAAGAAGCACAUGGUGUAUUACUGUAAUAAAACAAUUAUUUGGAAAAACUAGUUUCCCUACAUUUUAAAGAAUCUAUUCUUUCAAAAUCUUGAUUGGAUGCAAAAUGGUUUUUGGAAAAACAGAAACCAAAAACUAAUCCAAAAACCACAAACAAUCAAUCUUUAAAUAAAGAUAACAAAAGGAAAAGUUAAAUUAUAAAAUGAACUAUUGCUGCAACAGAAAACAUUCAAGAACACUUGUGGCAGCAACAAGUUUGAAAAUGGAGACAUCAAUCAUUAGCUUAACUAUCUUAACUUAAUUUAAAUAGGGGAAUUUGAAUAUCAACUUAAUAGCUUUUUAGGGCAUCUCGAACCUAUGCCACCAUUUUAGUAUCAAAAUCACAUUAUUUUAGUAUAUUUUUAGCACCAAAUUUUUUUGACUCUCCAAUCACAAUAUUAAAUGUUACACCAAAAAGGAAUAUUUUUCAUUAUUUUAUUAUUAAUCAAAAUUCUGUUAUUUUUAAUAAUUUUAAUAAAUAUUAAUAAUUUUAUGACUAAAAUAUAUUAAAUCAUAUUAAAAUAAUUAUAUUUAAAUAUAAUAUUAUUAUAAUAUAUUAUUAAAGCAUAAUGUUACAUGAAUUAAUUAAACUCACAAAAUUUAAAUUAUAAUAUACUAAAUCUAAAGAUUAUAAUUUUCCAACCACACAUCUUUAAAUAUUUUUUUAUGAAUUUUAAAUUUAACUUAUAUUUGUUUUAUUUAAGCUAAUAUUUAUAUUAAUUAAUAUAAUGAUGAUGUACUAAAAUUAUUUAAUUCAGUUGUAAACUAAUCAUACAGAUCAAAUGUAGUCAAAUAUAAUUAAACAAUACAUAAAUAAAUAGUUAUGACAAAAAACAUUCGUCGUCGCUACAUUGUUGCACCAAAUAUAGCGUGGUACCGUAGCAAAAAAGAUAAUCACACUAAAAUGCAGUUAAAUAUGCAGUUGGAUUGAAAAAAAAAACAUCAAAUCAGAUACUAUUUUGGUGUUUUGCAGUGUGGUUCGAGUUGGCUUGCAGUGCUGUGGCAACGGAACAAAAAGUACAGAACAGAGGAAAUAAACAAAACAGAUGUGAUUGCUAAAAGAACAAACCAAAUAAAUUGAACAAUAACAUCCCUUGAAUGAUGAUCAAACUAAUAUAACAUUGUUUUCACUACAUUAAAAAAAACAAUGUAAUAGAUAAUAUUAUAUAAGGCUAUAAAAGAGUUUUCAGAUAUUUUCAAACUUGUUAUUUUAAAAUAUGUACACUGAUAUAUUAAACUUGUAGAGAAUAUGUAUCUUAACCAAGAUGUAAAUAUAUUUUUGGUUUGAUGUAUCAGUCUAAGGAACAAAGUUAUAUUCCACUAUUUGGCAAAUAUCAUCACACAUUGGCAUUGUCGAGUUCAGUUAGUAGUAACACACUGACAAAAUAACCGGUGUGAUCGGUUAGUGUGUUAUUCUUAUCAGAAAUACACAUUCUAUGUUAAGUUCAAAAAAAAAAAUACACAUUCUAUGUACAUGUUUCACAUUUGUUGGCAAGUGCAAUUAUUCUGAGUACCCUGAAAGAAACACACUAUAUAGGCCUGUAGAUAAAGCAAAUAAGCAAUAUGGCCAACAUCAAUAGAUGGGCUAAUCAAAGUUUUUUAUUUUUUAUUAUUAUUAUUAUAUUAUAUUUUGUUAAUAUUUUUUUUAACUUAGCAAUGUGUGUAUAUUUUAUUUUGACGAUGUAUAACACAAGACAUUUUCCCCUUAUAAGAGUACUAAACUACGUGUAUGGUUUCGGCAUGAUCCACACCCUCCACCCGAUUAAACAAGAAUAAGAUAACGUGCAAUACAAUUCAAAACCUUUUGUAUCUAACAAUGUUCACACACUGUCAAUAAAUCAGGAAUUUGAUUCUCUAGCUAGUGUAAUCUUUUUUUUCUUCUAUUGAUUUAGCCCAUUAUUUAUCAGUGACUUCCCAUACCAGCACCGAUAAUAGGCCGGCAGAUAUGCCUAUAUAAACUAACCAAAAGACAAAACAUUGAUUUCAUCAAACAUCAUAUACUAUAUUCUAAUGGCUACCAAACUCGUCUACAUUCUCCUCAUCAUAUUCACAUUCACCGUAUCUCCGGCGAUCUCAACCGCCCCGAAAGAUUGCGACAUCGGCUUGGAGAAUCCGUGCAUCAGUAAAUCUAAGGCUUUGCCACUCAAAAUCGUAGCCAUUGUAGCUAUCCUCACGACAAGCUUGAUAGGUGUAAUGACUCCUCUUUUCAGCCGUUACAUUUCUUUCAUCCAUCCUGACGGCAACGGUUUCAUGAUCUUGAAGUGUUUUUCUUCCGGAAUCAUCCUAGGAACUGGUUUCAUGCACGUUUUGCCUGACUCUUUCGAGAUGUUGUCAUCAAAAUGUCUUAAUGAUGAUCCGUGGCAUAAGUUUCCUUUUGCGGGAUUUGUCGCUAUGGUGUCCGGUCUAGUCACUCUAGCCAUUGACUCCGUUACCACCAGCCUUUAUACCGUCAAAAACACAGUCGGGCAAGAGCCUGAAGAGUAUGGCGUUGAUCAAGAGAAGGCGACUCACACUAGCCACGGUUAUGGUGUUGUGCUAGCAACUAAAGAUAAUGGAUCUUCUGAUCCACAACUUCUACGGUAUCGUGUCAUUGCUAUGGUAUUGGAGCUUGGGAUUUUAUUUCAUUCCAUGGUCAUUGGACUAUCUCUAGGAGCAACUAAUGAUGCAUGCACCAUUAAAGGACUCAUAAUAGCUCUUUGCUUCCAUCACCUGUUCGAAGGCAUAGGUCUCGGUGGCUGCAUCCUCCAGGCAGAUUUUAGAAAUGUGAAGAAGUUCUUGAUGGCAUUCUUUUUCGCUGGAACAACACCUAGUGGUAUCUUUCUUGGGAUCGCAUUGUCAAGUAUCUAUAGAGAUAACAGUCCAACGGCGUUGAUAACGAUUGGGCUGUUAAAUGCUUGCUCGGCCGGAAUGCUCAUCUACAUGGCCCUCGUCGACCUUCUGGCUACCGAGUUCAUGGGAUCAAUGCUCCAAGGUAGCAUCAAGCUUCAGAUCAAGUGCUUCGCGGCCGCUUUGCUUGGCUGCGCCGUAAUGUCUGUCGUCGCCAAGUGGGCUUAAAACACUCUUAUCAACAUAAUUAAUCAAUUAUUUGAUUCAUUAUAUACAUUCAAGGUGAAAAUGAUUCGCCUUUGUACAUUUGAGGGUGUAGUUUUUAAUUUUAUUCCAUAAUUUUAUUUGUAUAUUGACAUAUUGAUUAUUGACAUGGCAAUAUGGCAUUGUAAGAGUUUGAAAUCCACUCUAUUAAUUUAGAGUUC